UUGAGAGCUGUCGGAUGCCUGCAGCUAAUCUCGCUUUCAGGAGAGGCAGCGAGGAGGAACGGUGCCGAUUUUAAUCCCUUAGACCGAGCCCGAGCUCACUCGCUGUUGUUUGUGCAACGUAUUGCAAUGUGCCCAACCCCUCCUUUACUCGUCGGUGCUGGCUGGAGUACCUGCUGGUCUCCAAACGUCACCAGGCUCCGGUUAUAAAGCGCAGGCGAUAGAGCAUUUCUCUGGCUCCAUCCCUCUGAGAGGCACAUCUUUGAGAAGCGAGCCGUACGUGGUUGGAAAGAUGUUUUAUUCAGGUAUCCUGACAGAGCCGAGUCGAAAAGAAGUGGAGAUAAGGGAAGCUGCAUCUCUCCACCAGCAGAGGAGGAUGAAGCAGGCGGUUCAGUUUAUUCACAAGGAUUCUGCAGAUCUCCUCCCUCUGGACGGGCUGAAGAAGCUGGGGACUUCAAAAGAUACUCAACCACAUAAUAUCCUGCAGAAGCGCCUGAUGGAGACAAAUUUAUCAAAACUACGAAGCAGCCGAGGCAGCUGGACUCUGAAGAGUGAUAUCUCAGCGCAGACCAACAAGCUGACUCAAACAAAACUGGGCAGCUCAGGGAAAACAGAGGACGAGGAGCUCAUAGUGGUGAGCUGCCAGUGUGCGGGGAAGGAGCUGAAGGCCGUGGUGGACACUGGCUCGCAGCACAACCUCAUGUCGUCUGCCUGCUUGGACAGGCUAGGGUUAAAGGAGCAUCUCAAAGCACUCCCUGUCGAAGAGGAGAUGGUUUCAUUGCCAUACAAGGUGAAGGCAAUCGGCCAGGUUGAGUGCCUCACCCUCACAGUGGGAGCAGUCCCCGUGGAGUGUGCUGCCCUCGUCGUGGAAGACAAUGAGAAACCCUUCUCCUUUGGGCUGCAGACGCUGAAAUCUCUGAAGUGUGUCAUAAACAUGGAGAAGCACCAUCUCGUUCUGGGGAAGACGGAGAGGGAAGAAAUCCCGUUUGUGGGCAGUGGCAGCGCUGCGGUGGGCGAGCAGUAAGCUGGCUGGGGAGCAGUUUGGCGGCAUAAAGAGAAAUUGAAACACCGUCCCCACACAAGAGCUUGACAUCAAAGAAAUCCUGUGCAGCUGUUCCAGAUGAAACAGCAGCUCGCUGCUUUGAAAACAUUUAUACUAGGCUACAGCUUGAGUAGAGCUAAAUGAAAUCCUGUUCAGUAGCCAGUAAUUUAGAGAUAUUGUCAUGUUUAUCUAUGGGUUUUGAGAAACAAACGUGUGCUUAUUUUCUGGACUUUUCUAUAUAGUGUCCUCUUUAUUACAAACAGUUGGGAAAACCUUAUGAACUUCUUCUGAUGAGAAAAAUACUUUUUAUAGUGGCCUCGUAUGAGUAAUUGUAUUUAGCUGUGACUAGAGGCUAUCAGAACGAAAAUUUUAUUAAUGAUUUUUCCAGGGGCUAAGCAUUUAUAUUCACUUAACUGAUAUUGCCGCAUACAAAUGGCCAUUACCAGGAAGUUACUCCAAGUAAAAUAACAAUGGUAAUACCACCUAGGAAUUAUAGCUCAUCCUGUUAGCAUAGUAUUGUUGCCAUGUAAUUAGGGAUACAACUGCUGGCUUGAUGAGAAAAAGCAAUUACAGAAUUAUUAAUGGGUUAUAGGCUUCUCUGCAGUGGUGUGGCAGAGGCACAGAAAUAGGGUUUGGGAGGGCUUCUGGGGUGAUCUCCUGCAGCUCCCAGCUCGCCGUGGGGUUGGUGCCAGCACAGGGGCAGCCCAUUGCGGCGCUGCCUUGCUGGGGCACGAAACCCCCCGAGGAGGGAUCCUCCGGGCAGGUCUCAGCUGCCUUCCUGGUGGGAGUAGUCAGGAAAAUUAAUCAUUGUAUUGAGCCAAAAAGCAACAAACAAGCACAAAAGGAUGUUGUUCGGAAAGCAGCAGAUACAGACCCUCAUUGGUAUAUCAGGAACCACACGGCCCCACCGUGCCCUUGGUUCUCCCCUGCUGCCAGGACUGGUGCCUCCGCCUGCCCGCCCAGCACCCAGCCCGAAGCACCAGCAGCAACUGGGCUACGUGCUGGUGCGAGUUACCGACUUCAGUUGGACUUUAGUAUUGCUGCCAGAAAUGCCAUAUUUUUUAUAUCUAUUUACAAAUUGCUUGGGAUCUUAAGUAUGACACUAACCUUGAUCGCACUCAGGGCAGGUGGGAGUUUUUGCCAGGACAGACAUUUCAUUCAGCGUUACUGUCCCAUAGCAGCAGGGUUGCUACUUCACGUGCUGUUUGCUUGCAGACGCGAACAAAUGUACGGUAUUGCUUGGGGGAGCCUGGCCUCAUACAAAAGCAGCUUUCUAGAUUUUUAAAAGCUAAUGGGAAUUAAUUCCUGUCAUCUGCUGAAGAGGCAUCUUUAAAAUUCAGAAUAAUAUCUUUGUGAUGUUGUGCAUCUGCCGAUGGCCAGUCCUGCUGCAGCCGGAUCCGCGAGGGCUAGCUGUGUGCCGCAGGAGCGGGAGCGCUGCUCCGGCAGCUCUUCCUUAGCAAAAGCCCUUUGGCCGCAGGCAGGCGCAGGCUGCAGUGUGGCUCAGCUGGGCUGCGGGGUCUCCUACGGGAUCCAAGCAGCCGCUCAUGCACUUAAGCCUCCCCGCAGACAUUAAUGCACCGCUCGCCCAGGCAUCCCGUGGUGUGUAGCAUCAGCCGCAAGCACCGACAUCGUCGCUGGCAUUUCCACUUAGGAAAUGUGUUGAUAGUCCUGGGCGAGGACCAGUAACUCUUGUUAUCUCGUGGCCAUCGGCUCAGGUCUGGACCCUGUCCCGUGAGCCAGGCUCCUGCCAGCUUUGGCCAGUCUGUGCACAGUAACGCUAUCUCAUGCCGUGGCAUCUAAGCUGGAGCUUUAUCUCCUGCAGUGGGUUUGAACCACUUUUCAAUAUUGGGUAUGACUAGCAAAUCUGAACUAUCCGUAUUUUGAGCUGUUUUCUAUUUUGGUGAUAAGUUUCAGUGUUUUCUCUACAUACAGUAUUUUAUAUAACACAGCUCGCUCUCUAUAUAUAUUUACAGGGUUAGACUGCCCAGGGCAGUCCCACUGCUAUGUUGUAGAAAUAUUUCACUAAAUGUGAAAUAUAUUUGAUUAUUUUAUAUGCUAUGAGUUUGGUAUUUUGGUACUUCUUUCUUUCUGUGCUUAUUACUGUGCUAAAUGUCAAAUUAAAUCUAAAUAAAGUUACAUUGUUAUUGCUGUUUA